AUGGAGGGUAAAAGCUUUUCAGAGGUGGUUUCAGAGCUACAAUCAUCGGCGGAGGAGGUUAUUUCUCUGGCAAGAGAUUCCGAAACAAGAACAGGGGUGUUAAUAGAAUUUUCGAUCCUUGUUGAAAAAUUAAGUCAACUGCUCAGUGAAUUCAGGGACAUCAAGCUCAUAGACACACCUCCAAAUCGAAAAGCAAUGAAUUCCCUUGAAACAGAACUCCAACGUGCCAAGGCCUUGAUACGAAGCUCCAAUUUUAGAUCAUCACCAUUGAAGCAUGUCGAAGAUUUGACCCAAAAUUUGGGAAGAUCUUUGGGCCUUCUGCUCUUUGCUAGUCACGAUUUGUCGAUUUCUAACAAAGAAAAGAUCGAGGAAUUGCGGAAAGAAAUGAUGAACGCGAGGUUUAGUGAGGUUGAAACAGAGGAAGAAACAGCGGAAACAGAGGAGGAAACAGAGGAUGAAACAGAGGAGGAUGAAACAGAGGGGGAGACAGUAGGGGAGAUAAUAGAGGAGAAAGUAGGGGAGAUAGUAGAGGAGAAGAUUACUUUGAAUAGUGAUGAUAUUGUUCUGAAGCUUAAGUAUGGUAAUGAUGAAGAACUUAGAUGCGCGUUAUCGGGGUUCAAUAUGUUAUUUAGGGAUAAUAUGAUCACAAAUGAAUGGAUUGAUAAUGAAGGGAUUGUCGCGGUUUUGUUUAAUCGAUUGGCUUCAAGUAAGCCUAACAAUAGGUUGAUUAUAAUUCAAAUACUCAGAAGCCUUGUUACAAACAAUGAGGAAAAUAAGGGAAAAAUGGCAGAUAUUGGAUAUUUAACGCCGUUGGUAAAGUCAUUAGCACGGGAUGUGGAUGAGCAAAGGGAGUCGGUGGGGUUGUUGUCGACUCUCUCAGAUGUCUCCGCAAUUAGGAGGAGGAUCGGAAGAAUUCAAGGGUGUAUAGUUAUGUUGGUGGCGAUUCUCAAUGGAGGUGAUCAAGUGGCUUCACAUGAUGCAAGGAAGUUGUUGAAUGCUUUGUCAAGCAAUACUCAAAAUGCUCUUCAUAUGGCAGAGGCUGGUUACUUCAAGCCACUUGUACAGUACCUUAAGGAAGGUUCUGACAUGGGUAAGAUUCUCAUGGCAACUGCACUUUCAAGGAUGGAGCUAACAGAUCAAAGUAGAGCUUCCCUUGGAGAAGAUGGGGCAAUUGAACCUCUUGUCAAAAUGUUCAACACUGGGAAGCUUGAAUCCAAAUUAUCUUCUUUAAAUGCGUUGCAAAAUUUAUCCAACUUGAGAGAGAACACCCAACAAUUGGCUAGUUCAGGCAUUGUAGUUUCUCUGCUUCAGCUCCUUUUUUCUGUGACAUCUGUGCUCAUGACUCUCCGGGAACCAGCCUCUGCCAUUCUUGCCAAGAUAGCUGAGUCUGAGUCUGUCCUCGUUAACCAAGAUGUGGCUCAGCAAAUGCUCUCACUUCUCAAUCUGUCAAGUCCAGUAAUCCAGUUUCACCUCUUACAAGUACUAAAUAGCAUUGCAGCCCACUCUGCUGCAUCAAUAGUCAGAAGAAAAAUGAAAGAAAAUGGUGCAAUUCAGCUUCUCCUACCAUUCCUAGCAGAAAAUAGAACUAAUAUUAGGACUGGUGCCUUAAAUGUAAUUUACACUCUCUCUAAAGAUCUACAAGGAGACCUGACAGAACAAUUAGGAGAAAACAAUCUGAAUUUGAUUGCGAGUAUUAUUUCAUCAUCAGCAUCUGAGAGUGAAAAGGCUGCUGCUGUUGGAAUCCUGAGCAACAUUCCGAUAAGCGAUAAGAAGGCCACAGAUAUACUUAAGAAGGCUAAUUUAGUGCCUCUUCUGGUCUCUAUCAUGAGUUCUAGCCCUGCAACUUCAACAUCUACCACAGUAUGGAUGGCUGAGAGCAUUGCAGCUAUAUUCGUUCGAUUUACAGUUUCUUCUGAUAAAAAACUGCAACUUUACUCUACUGAACAUGGGGUGAUUCAGGUGCUUGUGAAAUUACUCUCGAAUGGAUCCCCAAUUGCUAGGUCUAGAGCUGCAACAUCACUAGCUCAAUUGUCACAGAACACAUUGUCCCUUAGAAAAUCAAAAACACCAAGGUGGUUGUGUGUUUCUCCUUCUGUUGAUGGAUUUUGUGAAGUCCACGACGGUUACUGUCAUGUCAAAACCACAUUUUGCUUAAUCAAGACAGGUGUUGUUUCUCCAUUGAUCAAAAUUUUGGAAGGUAACGAGAGGGAAACCGAUGAAGCUGUUCUUGGUGCCCUUGCUACCCUUUUGCAGGAUGAAAUUUGGGAAAUGGAAGCUCAAGAGAAAACACUGUGGAUGUUGGAAAGGAUUUUUAGAGUUGAAGAUCAUAGAGUAGAAUAUGGUGAAUCAGCUCAGGUCCUGCUCAUUGAUCUUGCACAGAAGGGUGAUCCUCAUUUGAAAUCGAAAACUGCAAAGUUAUUGGCACAACUCGAGCUCUUGCAGCUUCAAUCCAGUUACUUUUGA